AUGCUCCUAGUUUUGGAUCUCGGGGUUUCAAGUCUAUUCCUUUUGAUAUCUCUUGUUCUACCUCUCCUCGUCUUCUUUGCUAUACGGCGUAAAUGGAGGCUAGCUGUUCUUAGAAGAGAGGAGAUUCAGAGACUUCUUAUUCAUGCCUCAGAGGAAGAUGCUAGGGCUGAACUAGAAGCAGCCUCCGUUGAGUUCUCUUCUGUUUACGUCUCUAAUAGCUUUCAGUGUCCCAUUUGCUAUUCUCCUGCCUCUACUAGAUGCUCUCGCUGCAAAGCCGUUCGGUAUUGUUCCGGGAAAUGUCAAAUUAUCCACUGGCGGCAAGGUCACAAAGAUGAAUGUCAACCUGCUACUAUCUUAUAUAAUACUGAUGAUGAGAAAAGUGACUGUGAUUUGAAGUUCAGAGAAGUAAGUGGAGGGCUUAUUCCUGAUGAAACUGCAUUGCUGGAUUCGGAACCAGUCAGGGAAGCAAUACUCUCUAAUCCUGUCAUAUCUCCUGAAGAUGGGGGUGGAGAAAGUGUAGAUAACAAAGAUGAUCUUAUGGAUAAGGAAGAGGCUGUUUCUGUUGCUGAAACAUCUGGAUCCUCGUUUUCUGGCUUCUCUUCUUCCCCUCGUAAUGACUCUAGUGAUGAUAUUUCUUUGUGUGAGAGCUUCAGUUCAUCUGAUUCCGAGAUAUCAGAGCGUCCACGUGAUACUCAUGUAUCUGUAGAGUUGGAGGAGACCUGUCUCAGCAAUAUUGAUGAUGUUCCAACUAAACCGUUGUCCCCUAAAUUUGUGCAAUUGGUUGAGUCUGCAAAUGACAUGGCUAAUUUGCCUACGUUGAGUCUGCAUAAACCUGGGGGUGAUGCUCCGAGCCAGUCAAGUACCUUAGUCUCAGUAGGUACGGAUAGGCAUCAACGAUCAGCUGACCUGCCUCUUCUGAAGUCAUCUGAUUUUUGGGGUACUGCUCUUGGAUCAAUAGAACGUGUAAUUGAGAAUUGUGAUAGUUCUAAAUCUGGUGAACUUGAAGAAACUACUAAGGCUGCAUUAGGGACUCAUAAAAAUUCUGUUGAGGUGAAUUUCAGAGAAAGAACUGCUAAAAGAUCUGAUGAAGCUGAGGUUUCAUUACCAAGUUCCUCUCUUCCUGAUGCGUCCAGUCCUUUGAACCCUACUGUUUUGUCCACUGUGACACUUAAGAAGUCAAAGAGCACUCGUACUGGAAGUGGCUGUAUUUUGGCCCCUCUGAAGGUUGGGGAAGUCCAAAUAUUGUCAUCCAAGGCCUCAGAUACUAGGGAAUGUGCUGAUGAUAUUAAACAUUCUGCUUUAGGUGCAAAAUCUGGAAGAGUUCUUGACCAUCAGAAACAUAAUGAUGUUGCUGUUCACCGUAUGAAUUCUCUAAAUGGAAGAAGUGGUUUGAAGGCAUCAGUACUAAAAGUUGUAGACCAGUGGAAUAGACCGAAGUCAUUAGCUGAGAAUGAGAUAGCAGGAAGACAUGGUCGUAAGGGGCUCUUUUCAUAUGAACAAUUUUCUAAACUGUAUACGAAUAAAAUUGAGUUCCAGCCUUGUGGCCUCAUCAAUUGUGGCAAUAGCUGCUUUGCUAAUGUGGUCUUCCAAUGCCUGAUGUUCACUGCUCCUCUGACCACAUACUUCCUCCAACAACUCCAUUCCAGAACAUGUCCAAACAAAGAACAGUGCUUCACCUGUGAGUUUGAGAAGCUGGUCUUAAAGGCAAGAGAAGGGAAGUCUCCACUGUCCCCUAAUGGGUUGCUAUUACAUCUGCAGAAUAUUGGAAUCCGUCUUGGGAAUGGCAAGCAAGAAGAUGCACAUGAAUUCCUUAGGUUUGUUGUCGACACAAUGCAGUCUGUGUGCAUUAAGGCAUCUGAAUACGAUAUGCCAAAGACUAAUAAAUUAGAAGAUACAACUCUAAUUGGUUUGACAUUCGGGGGAUACCUCCGAUCAAAGAUUAAAUGCAUGAAAUGUCAAGAAAAAUCUGAGCGGCGUGAGAGAAUAAUGGAUCUAACGGUUGAGAUUGAUGGGGAUAUUAGCACUUUGGAGGAUGCUUUGCGUCGGUUUACAAGGACUGAAAUAUUGGAUGGAGAAAACAAAUACAAAUGUGGCAGGUGUGACUCCUAUGAGAGAGCCAAAAAGAAAUUGAGAAUCACAGAGCCUCCGAAUGUCCUUACGAUUGCUCUAAAACGAUUCCAGUCAGGGAAAUUCGGGAAGCUAAAUAAGUUGAUCAAGUUUCCAGAGACUCUAGAUUUGGCUCCAUAUGUCAGCGGUGGAAGUGAAAAAUCACAUGACUACAAACUCUAUGGAGUUAUUGUUCACUUGGAUACAAUGAAUACAACAGUUUCUGGUCACUAUGUGUGCUAUGUUAGAAACAGUCAAAACAAGUGGUACAAUGCUGAUGAUAACACGGUUGUAACUUAUGAUGUUGAAAGGGUGUUAUCAAAGGGAGCAUAUAUGUUGUUCUACGCAAGGUGUUCUCCAACGCCACCAAGAUUAGUAGUAUGUAACAAAUCGGUACCUAAGACUACUGUUUCUCGGUCUGUGUCUACUGCAAGUCCUGUUUUGUCUUCCAACACUCAUGGUGGUGAUCGACCUGGCAAUAUACAGUCGUUUUACUCCAGCUUCCAGAGGCUGCAGAGAAUUUUGGAAGAGGACUCGUCGAGUGACUGUUCUUCUCUCUUUGACAACACCUCAGAUGAAUGCUCUUGUAGCACAGAAAGUACAAGCAUGGACGACUUUGCUGAUUUCAUUUAUGGAGAUCAUCAAAGACGGGCUUCCUCUCCAACAUCAUCUUCUUCCUCUUCUUCUCCUCCUUUCACAAGGCAUUCGCGGCUAAGGGACUCGAGUCUUUCUUCUCAAGAAAAUCACGAAAACUCGAGACAUCGCUUGCCCUUGGGAAGAGAAAGGUAA